UCGACCCGCGGGUCGUCCCGAAGCUGGAACCCCUCGACCCCGACGAUGACGACGACAGUGAUCCCCCCGACUCCUACCUCGGCGACGACGUGGGACUCGGCUCAUCCGCGGGUUGUCCGUCGCCGCGGCGACGGGAAGUGAGCCCGGAGAGCAUCUGCACGGUGACGACGGCGUACUCCAUCUCAAGGAUGCUGCCGGAUGGAAGCGAGGGCACUGCGGACGACGACGACGACGACGACGACGUUCUCAGUAUCACACCGUGGCUCGGCGAGAGCGAGGCGAUGGCGAGCAACGACGUCACCGCGACGACAGCCGACGUCAAGCUGCGGGGCUCGCGCAUCGUACUGACGCCCGUCGACGCCCUGAUCAAGGACCUCCGCGAUUCUUCCGGGUCCGUGAUCGUUUGCGCCGCCGUGAAGAAGGAGGAGAAGGAGGAGGAGAAGAGACGCGUGCCGGAGCUGCGCGCCACGUCGUCGGCGGUGAGCGCGCGCUCGUGGAAGGGUCGCCGUCCGUGCGAGUGCACCGUCUGCAAGAAGUCGUUCUUCAGCAAGGGCACGCUGAAGGUGCACAUGCGCAUUCACACGGGCGAGCGUCCGUACAAGUGCUCGCUGUGCGCGGCCGCGUUCCGGCAGCCACACCACCUGCGGCGGCACACCGACCAGCACGCGGCGAUAGAGGCCGCGGGGCUCGUCUACCGCUGCGACAAGUGCGCCGCCGCCUUCCUCAAGCCGUCGCAGCUUGCCAACCACGCGUGCACGCUCGACGCAGCCGCUGCGGGUGGAACGUUCGCGUGCGGUGAGUGCGGGGCGACGUUCGACAAGCCGAAGCAGCUGUCGAACCACCUGCGCAGCCACCGGACCGGCGGCGGCGGGCGGCGGUCGCCCUCGGCGACGACGACGCAGUCCGCCGAGCGGCACAACUUCACGUGCGUCGUUUGCCAGGUGGGGUUCGCGGACGAGUCGGAGUUCCUGUUCCACUGCGCGUCGCACGGCGGCGUGGGCGCCGCGCGGCCGCUCCGCUGCGACCUCUGCCCCCGCGCGUUCGCGGCGAAGGAGGACCUGAGCGCGCACUCUCGCUCGCACGCCGACGCCAAGCCGUUCCAGUGCCACGUCUGCGGGCGCGGUUUCACGCACCUGAAGCGCAUGCAGGCGCAUGUGCGCACUCACGACACCGACACCGCUGCCGUCAGCCUCACCUCGUACGAGUGCGGGCGCUGCGACGCGUCGUUCUCGCAGCUCAACGAGCUCACGGCGCACCGCGCAGCCGCGCACGCCGACGCGGAGAAGGCGGCGCCCCCGCGGAGCGACGAGGAGGAGGACGCACGCACGCACACGGGGGAACGUCCGUACGGCUGCCGCUACUGCCGCGCCGCGUUCUCGACGGCGACCGGCGCCCUUUUGCAUGCACGCAUCCACACGGGCGAGCGACCCUUCAAGUGCAAGGUGUGCGAGAAGCGCUUCCGGCUGCGCACGGGCCUGCGCACGCACGCGCGCAUCCACACGGGCGAAAAGCCGUACGUGUGCGGCGUCUGUGACAAGCGCUUCACGCAGUCGGGGCACCUGCGCUCGCACGCGCGCGUCCACACGGGCGAGCGGCCGUACGAGUGCCGCGAGUGUGACGCCACGUUCGCGCACCACGAGAGCCUGAAGGUUCACGCGCGCGUCCACACGGGAGAGAAGCCCUACUCGUGCUCCGUCUGCUCGAAGGCGUUCACGACGGCGACGGCGGCGCGCUGCCACGAGCGCGUGCACACGGACGUGCGGCCAUACCGCUGCAAGUUCUGCGACCGCCGCUUCAAGCAGGCGUCCAAUCUUAAGUCGCACGCGCGCACGCACACCGGCGAGCGUCCCUACGUGUGCGUCGCGUGCGGCAAGACGUUCGCGCAGCAGGUUCACCUGCGCAUCCACGCGCGCACGCACACGGGCGAGCGGCCGUACACGUGCGGCGUGUGCGGCAAGACGUUCGCCUACUGCGGUAACCUGCUCUCGCACCGGCGCUCGCACACCGGGGAGCGUCCGUACGCGUGCGGCACGUGCGGCAAGGCGUUCGGCUCCAGCUCGGCGCUCUCGAAGCACGCGCUGAUCCACGCCGCGAGCAAGCGCCACAGCUGCGAAGUCUGCGGCCACGCGUUCACGCAGCUAAGCAACCUGAAGGCGCACAUGCGCACGCACACGGGGGAACGCCCGCACGCGUGCGACUCCUGCGAGCGCACGUUCGCGUCGCGCAGCUACCUUCGCAAGCACAUGCGCGCGCACACGGGGGAACGCCCGCACGCGUGCGACGCCUGCGACAAGGCCUUCACGAACCUCGCGCAGCUGAAGGUUCACCGGCUCGUGCACACGGGUGAACGGCCGCACCGCUGCCGCAUCUGCGACAAGACGUUCGCGCAGAGCUCGCACCUGAAGACGCACGCGCGCUUGCACACGGGCGAGCGGCCGUUCGCGUGCGCGCGCUGCGACAAGCGCUUUGCGCAGAAGACGCACCUGACGUGCCACGCGCGCGUCCACGAGCUGGCCGACCGGCGCUUGCGCGAGCGGAAGGACACGCAGUUUCCGGCCGCCGCAGCGACGACGACCCCGAGCGGCGAUCCCCCGGGGGUCACGGCGGCGGCGGUACCAGCGCGAGGGGGCGCCUCUGCAGCGGGCACCUUCGUGCAGUACGAGUGCGACAUCUGCCCGGAAGCAUUCGGCGACUACGGCGCGUUGCUCGCGCACAGCUACACGCACAACCCGGGCAAGCUCGACAGCAAACCCGCCCCCGCCGCGCAGCCCCCGCCCCCGCCCCCGCCGCCGUUCGACUGCAAGCUGUGCGGCCGAUCGUUCGCGACACUGCGCAACCUGCGCAUUCACCUCAACCUCGGCCACGGCGCGCUGGCUGACGGCUCGCCCGUGCCGGCCAGCGCGGCGGCGGCGUCGGCAGUGUGCGAGAUCUGCGCGAAGACCUUCGCCAAGCCGCGCAACAUGCGCAUCCACAUGAACCUCGCGCACGGCCUCAAGGGAGGCGGCAGCAGCAGCAGCAGAGGCAAAAGCCGCAGCGGCAGAGGAGGCGGAGGCAGAGGCAGAGGAGGCGGAGGUAGCGGUGGUGGCGGCAGAGGCGUAGGUGGGGGCGAGCAUGACUGCACCGUGUGCGGACGGUCGUUCGCGCAGUCGCGCAACCUCAAGCUGCAUGUGCACCGCGCGCACAACACGCCGAAACCCUACUCGUGUUCCGCGUGCGCCGUCCGCUUCUCCUCACUGAAGAAGUGCCGCGCGCACGAGCUGCGCGGUUGCCACGACGACGACGAUGAGACGUUGGGAGGCGGCGGCGGCGGUGCAGCGCGGGUUCCCGGCAGCGGACAGUUUCGGAGCGCGACCGUCGACGCUCGGCGAGAAGCGCUAGGAUUGCGGAGCGGCGCGGGCCGCGGCGACCCCGGCGCCCCCUUGAAGGAACGACGAGGACCCGGCAGCGGCUUGACGGAGCAGCGGGCAAGCAAUGCAAGAGAGACGGCUGCGGCGGCACAGGAGAAGGCAGCAGCCACGGCGCAGGAGAAGGCAGCAGCCACGGCGCAGGAGAAGGCAGCGGCCACGGCGCAGGAGAAGGCAACGCCGUAUUCGUGUGGUGCCUGCGACGCAUCGUUUAGCAAGCGCAUCGCACUGAAGGUUCACGCGCGCAAGCAUGCGCCGCGGCCUGAUGCGCCCAUCUCACGCUCGCCGCGUGAGGGCACCGACCUCAACAGCUCCCCUACUAUUGCACACACUGCCGCCAUGUCCUCUGGUAGCCCUACGUACGUAGAUACUGCAGCCAUAUCUACUGGUAACCCUACAUACGUAGAUACUGCAGCAAUAUCCUCUGGUAGCCCUACAUACGUAGACACUGCAGCAAUAUCUACUGGUAACCCUACGUACGUAGAUACUGCCGCCAUGUCCUCUGGUAGCCCUACAUACGUAGACACUGCAGCAAUAUCUACUGGUAACCCUACGUACGUAGAUACUGCCGCCAUGUCCUCUGGUAGCCCUACAUACGUAGACACUGCAGCAAUAUCUACUGGUAACCCUACGUACGUAGAUACUGCCGCCAUGUCCUCUGGUAGCCCUACAUACGUAGAUACUGCAGCAAUAUCUACUGGUCGCCCUACAUACGUAGACACUGCAGCAAUAUCUACUGGUAGCCCUACUUACGUAGACACUGCAGCAAUAUCUACUCGUAGCCCUACAUACGUAGACACUGCCGCCAUAUCCUCUGGUAGCCCUACAUACGUAGACACUGCAGCAAUAUCCUCUGGUAGCCCUACAUACGUAGACACUGCAGCAAUAUCCUCUGGUAGCCCUAUGGAUCUGGACACAGGAGCCAUUGCCACGAAAAGCUUUACAUAUCUAGACACAGAAGGCGUCGCCCUGGAUAGCCCUAUACCUCUAGACACUGAAGCCAUCGACCUGAGUAGCCUCAUACCUCUAGACAACAGACCCAUUGCCUCUAGUUUGCCUACCCGACCAGUCAGUGGAUUCAAUACCCUGAGCAGCAGUGCUGUGGUAGACAACGGGUCUAUCUCCCUGAGCGACCUCGCGGCGCUUGAUGGCAGGCUGCACACGGACGCAGGGUAUUCCGAGGAACUCUCGCAAGACGACGUGGAAUCGAGCGAGGCUGACGCUCCGGCGAGAGAGACGGGCGUGCUCGAGUGCGGCCAGGGGGCGCCGGCGGUGCAGGACGGCAGCUACCUGUGCAAGGUGUGCGGCGCCGCGUAUGGCAGCGAGGUAGCCUACCUCGCCCACAGCGUGAUUCACACAGUGGAGACGUUCUAGAGGCGUGUGUGGCGCAGGUCAGACGUGUGGAAUACCAUGUUAGCUACGUGGCCGACCCCAGGAUUCACACAGUGGAGACGUUCUAGAGGCGUGCGGUGCGCAGGUCAGACGUGUGGAAUACCAUGUCAGCUACGUGGCUGACCCCAGGAUUCACACAGUGGAGACGUUCUAGAGGCGUGCGGUGCGCUGGUCAGAUGGGUGGAAUACCAUGUCAGCUACGUGGCGGACCCCAGGAUUCACACAGUGGAGACAUUCUAGAGGCGUGUGGCGCUGGUCAGACGUUUGGAAUACCAGCAAAACCACGUUCUCUUUUCGAUCUUACCUCCAACACGGUGUUAGUGCAGUACGUCUAUAUUAUCACGGGACGAUGAGUUUAGGUCUCGUUAGGAUGAUAAUAUCGUGUAUACGCAGUUGUUAUAUCCAUGGUCGAUAUAUAUACAAUUUGUCGCGGUAGUUGUGUAGUGCGAAACAUCUUGCGGAGUUUAUUCAUAGGUGCUUUUACUGUCGCUCACGUGUAAACUAGUUCAGUGUAGAGUUAGAUUGCACAGCUUAGCUUGGUAUCACCACUAUCAAUCGCAGAAGGAGAUCCCAGACAAUCCGGAAAGCGACCGGGGAGACUAUGAAGUAGUAUUGACGGUUAUCGGCAUUGUCCAGAUGGGAAACGCUGGAGGAAUCCCUGUUUUGUUGGGAAGAAUUCCUGUUUUUCCCAGGUUAUGCGAUGCGACUGGAGUGUGCUCGCAUGUGCUGGAACAGCCGACCACGUGAUCAUCAUGAGUCGAUAAUAACAAGAGCACGUUAAUUGUAUAUGUUAUAGUUAUAGUUAUAGUAUUCAUAUAUAUAUAUGUAUAUUAUAUAUAUAUAUAUAUUAGGUUAUGCUAACGUGUAAUUAUAGACUUUUGACAAUCACGGCCUUGGAUAUGUACGUUAUUAUUGAUCAAUUGUGUGCGUGCGUGCGUGCGUGCGUGCGUGCGUGCGUGCGGGCGGGCGGGCGGUCGUGCGCGCGCGCGUGCGUGCGUGCGUAUUUUAAAUAUAUUGUGGCGCUACCUCAAUUAUUUUAAUCAUGCCUAGUAAGGUAACUGUAUAAUAAUAGGCGCGGCGCGUGGGCCCGCGUAUAUAGAUCUUUUAUGUUAUUUUUUGUCGUAGCAAAACCCCAUAUCUUCGUACUAUUCGUGAAGGUGUGUUGUCGCUUUUUAGUAUUAUUGUUAGCGCGUUUUUAUGUGUCUAAGGCUAUCAAUCUUGGAUUGAUGUAAAUGAAACUGUAACUGCAUGUAGUGUACCCAUGGUGUAGUUCCCCUCCCUCCCUCCAUUCCUCUCUCCUUUCUCUCUCCUCCCACUGCCUCUCAUUUUUUCUUUUUCUCUCUCUCU